AUAGUGUGGGCUUCAAAGGACGUAGGAUAGAAAAUAGUAUGAAGUGGGUUAUUUAGAGAUUGGGACUGUAACCUUCUACCGCUAGCCAAGGUGAACUAUGCUGAAUGAGCUGCACCAGGGAAGAGAAAAAUAAGUUGAAUAACCUGUUUUUAUUUUUAUUUCAUACAGCAAUUAAGUCAUCAAUUAAGUCAAGUCCUUUUUCUGGAAACAUAUACCAUAUUUUGGGCAAAGUUAAGUUUUCAGAUUCUGAUAAGAUGAUAGAAGUCUGUCAUAAUACAGCAUCUAAUUCAUUAAGCCUUGUGCCUGUCCAGGAGGGGCCUACUCCUCCUGAUUCAAGAAAUGAUAACAGAGAUCGCAGCGGUCAGCAAGAGUGCUUCCUUGUGUUCAUUGGCUGCUCUCUUAAGGAAGAGGAUAUAAAAGACUGGCUCAGACAAACUGCAAAGCAGAAACCUCAGAGAAAAGCCCUGAAAACCAGAGGAAUGCUGACUCUGCAGGAGAUCAAAAACAUUCAUAUGAAGCGCCACCUGGAUCCACUUCCAGCUGGUUACUUUUACAAUGGAACUCAGUUUGUGAAUUUCUUUGGGGACAAGAUGGAUUACCAUCCACUAAUGGACCAGUUCAUGAAUGACUACUUGGAAGAAGCUAACAGAGAAAUUGAAAAGUACAACAGAGAGCUCGAAGAACAAGAAUAUCAUGACCUCUUUGAGCAGAAGACAUAAGCAUGCAUGUUUGUGGUAUUAAAUGCACAUAAACAUUGUGGAUUUCUAAACUGUCAUCUGACUAUCAGUAACCGAAAAAUGCUGACAGCCUUGCUAGUUAACAAGAAAAUGAAAAGUCAAAUGUUUUUAGCAGUUUUAACAUGAAACUUCAUUCCUGUAAAGCUGGCAUUUUAAUCUGGUAACUACUUAGUUGUUUGUACAGUCUGGUUCACAUCCACUUCACCUUAAUUCCAGAUCAUAAAAAGAAUCACCUGGAAUUUCUCUGAUUAGCAGUGGAAAUAUUACAUGUUCAAAACAAAACUAUGUCCUCAUAGCCCUGUGUAUGAGCAGUGAAAUUGAUCUGUGGUACAGAUAAUCGAAAACCUGGAGCUCAUUUCUUUUAAUGUCCAUAAAUGAAAAGGUGGCCAAGGCUUGUUAUGCCCUGAAGUAUUUCGGUAUGAGAGCUUGAGUGUGUUCCUAAAGCGAGAAAUGGGGGAACGCUUGAAAAGCUCUGAUCACCUGAUCUUGCUGCUGCUCUCAAUGGCUCAUUUUCUCCUGCGAUACUAUCGUUAUCAUUCAGAAUGCAUUACAGGCAGAGUGAUGUAACCUGUGACCUGACAGUGCUUGAGAGUAAAAGGGUUAUCUUGUACAUUAUCCUGUAGCCCCAACAUCUGAGCAAAUCUGGGGUUGAGUGAGGUAUCUUUUGGCUGAAGAGAUGAGCUAUUUAUCUACUCAAUAUGUUUUCAAAGGUAAAAAAGAACAGUGCAGAAAUACAGAACAGUACUUGAAGUACUCUAUCUGUCAAGCUUUUAGGAGAAUCUAUGUGCCAUACCCUUCCACAGAAUUGAAACACUGGGUUUGAUUUUUUCGUUCUGAUUUGUUUUUUCAAGCUGAUAAUAUAGUGAGAAUGAUGGCACCUUGUCCUCUAAAUUAAACAAGAACUAUUUUGAAUAUGACUACAUAGAACGCUGGCCAAGACUCUGAGGUGGCUAACCUGCAGGCUACUGACUGAUAUUAUUGUAGGCUUGUUACCUUGAAAAACAGAUUACUGUAGUUCACUGUGCAUUUGGAAAUUAGUUUUGUGGAAACAAACCACGGCUGAACAUUUUAACUUGCGCACUCCUUUUCCUCAGAAACAGAUAAGGAUCAGCUUUUAGUGCAUCUGUGACCUUUCUAUUGAUCAGAUGUAUUUGAUGCAAUAAGAAUUUAUUGAAGGAAUGAUUUUGUAUAGUAUGCUUAUAAUAAUGAAGCAUAACUGGUGUUCAUAAGCUCUUAUGUUAAGAAAGGAAAACUAGAUUGAACUCCUACAGUCAAGUGCAAGUCUACAUAGAAAUUUGAUGCCUUAGGAAAUAAGUUCUUUAAAUUUGGAAUCUUAAAUGGCUGAAAUUUCAAUGAGACCAUAAAAAUUGGAAGACUUUAUCUAAAGUUUUAGUAUAUGUCACUACUAGCUAAUCUCAGUGAGCUGCCUGUACUGCGAUCAUUAAGGUAUACAGAUUCCCUAAAAGAAAGUACAGAUUUUGAGUUCCAGGUGGUGCAGAUUAGGAUUUAAAUGUUUGUAAGGCGGCUGCUUCUUUUUUUCAUGCUAGAUGUUAAAAACUUUCAGAAUUUAGGCAUUAUCUUGCACACCACAGGACUUGAAUAGGAUAGAAGUGUUUUCCUUAUAAAGCACAGUAAAAGCCAGCAGUUUAGUUCCAAGUUUUGUAUGCUUUUUGGGGCAACCCAUAUUACAGGUAUAGAGCAUCACAGUAAGGCUUGAGAAUUUUCUAUGCAUGGCUACACUUUAGUCUUUUAAUAUACUUAGUGCCUGGUAGGUAAACGUAGCUAACAGUUGAUUUCUGGGGUGUUGUCAGUGUUUAGAAACUAAGUAAAAUUGGCUAUGGAAACUGCGUAUUAAGACAGAGUUGUGAAAAUAUAAAAUUCUAUAGGUAAUAUUGCAAAAGGGGCAUUUAGACAAUAGAAGAAUUCUUUGCCAAUAUAACUUAGCAUAAACACUGUGUGCUCCUUUUUAGCAUAAAUUGUCUAAUCUGCAAAAGCCAUAGAUCUAGAAUAGCUGUAUGACUGUGUAACGUCAGACAUAAAAUACCAGGAGCUGAGACAAAUGGCACUUUGUUGACACUUUGUCUCAACUUGGAAAUCAGUAACGGCGUAGGUUUUAAGUGCAAUUGAUAGAUGAAGAUACUGUAGUUAAUACUCUGCUGAAUUCUCUUUAAGAAAUCUAAUUUGUGCAGCUCUGGAAAAUAAAUAUCGAUGGGCUGAUUCAUCUAGGUUUAGUAUAAUAAGCUAAUUAGAACCGAGAUGCUCUGUGACCAAAACAGGAAAUAAUAAACUUAUUAAGUUGGGUUUAUUGCUGCACAAAUCAAGCUGUUUUUAAAGCCUGAAUCAGAAGAGUUCACCACAACGAAGGCAUAGAUAGUAUAGAUAUUAAAUACUGUACUGCAUGCUGAGUGGUAACAAUAACUGUGUAAUAUGAUGACCUUUCACCAUACUGGUACUAUUUCAAUUAAUAUAUUUUGGUAUUGAAAUAAUUUGAUUACCUCAGCUUUUAAUGUUUAACUGUAAUUUUUAAAAAAUUACCAAAAUAGUGAAACUGUGACAAUGAUAUCCUUUAAACAUAGCAGUGCCUUGCAUAUGGCGCCAUUGAUGCACUAAGCAAAUUAUGGGAGUGGACGUCAUGGGUUGUAUUGCUUGCACCCUUUUUUAAAGGAGAAACGGUUUUGGUGAAAGGACUUACAAUUAACCUAGUGAAGAAUAUUAGCGCACAUGGUUAAAUCGUUUUUUAAAAAAACUCUUUGAGGACUAAAAUGUAUAAAUACUUGAUGCUGCUGAUGUUUUAUAGCAGUUGCUGAUUAAUUUUGCUUCCAACAGUCAGCAGCCCCUCCCUUUUUUUAAGGGGGGAAAAUCCAUAAUUUUUUUAUUCCCGUCAGAGAUGUAUAUACCAUGCUGAACCCUAACUGCAGGGGAAUCUGGUUUAUAUUUUUUGAAGUUGAGAUAAGAAUUGGGUUAAUCCUAAAUAUCUAGUUUUUGAAAAUUUUAGCUACUGUAAAACAAGAAAAAGCACCAUCUCUCGAUAAGCUGCAAAUGUUCAAAUAAGUAAAAAGUGCCAUUAUACUAUCUUUUUACUGUAUAAUGAAAAUGGAUAAGAGUAACUUUUGUGUCCAGGCAUUUCUGGUAUUGUGGUGAAGUGCUAAGAGUCCUCAAAGGGUUUAUAUGCUUUGCUGACCUUAACGUUAGCAGCUUGUGUUUUUUCUCACAGAGAAUGAGUGUUGGUCAGAAGUUGCUGAAGUUAUAGGAGGGUGAAAAAUGUGACAAACUUAGCAAGGGAACACUUGCAACUUGAAUUGAGCUGUUACCUAGGAUUAUUUCUUUGUAAAGCUGUGGAAUUUGGUAUUCCAGUUUUUACACAUUUGUAUUAUUAUUUAGCAAAAAUGAUUGCAGGGAGGAUUUAAGUUGCAAUUAAAAGUUCCCUAAUAAGUUUUAUAUUGAGAUUUUUCUGAAUUUGCACAGAUAUAAGCUCUGGAAUACCUUGUUUGGUAUUCUUAAAAGGGAAAAUUGUAACUAGUAUAGUAAAUUGUAAACUGUGAGUUAGAACAACGUCGUUAAUCUAAUUUUAGAUUGUUAAAAAUGUACCUCAAAAGGCUAGUGAGAAAUUGCUUCAUUUUUACACAAUUGUCAAAUACUAAUAACAAAUCUCACUUUACAAUGUGCCAAAAUUCACUUUUAUACUAGUUUUCAAUGCUUUAAUAUUUGCAACUUAAGUUAAAACUUAUAUUUACAAACACUACUGUAACUUCAGUUAAACUGAAUUGUGUGAUUGAAGCUUUUUUGCUUAUUAUUGUAUUUAUUACACAACUCGAUUCCGUAAAUAUAUAAAAUUACCUUUCCAUUUAUUUUUGUAUUGUUUUACAUGUUUAUACCUGCAGUUUGUGUGAUUUUUUUACAACUUGUAAUUCUGAUGUCAUGCUAAGAACCAAUAAAGUAUAUCCAUCUGUUGUC